ACACGUGUCCACAUUCCAUUCGUGAUAGACACGUGAUCAGUUAUUUUUCUCUCUCUUUUAUCCCUUUGAAACUUCAUGCUCUUUCUGUUGUGUAGAUCCAAACACAAAGCUUUCUGCUUUCUACGAAUAGAUUGAAUUUGAAGCCACAUAAUUCAAGUUGGGAAGGCCAUGUGAGCUGUCUGAAAAAAGGCCAAGUUGACGCGCCUGCUAUUUUGACAAGCAUACUGGUUCUACUGGUGUGCAGAAUGGGUAAAUGCAAGGGUUGUGGGAAAUUGGGAAGAAUGCUGCCAAGGGAUGGGUCUGUUAGUGCUUACCAUUUUUCUCUUAUGUUGUCUCCUGUCGUUUCUGUUUGGGAUUGCAUUGUUCGAAAAAUGAGGUACUCCUACAGACCUGAGUGGGUGUAGCCAUUGUGAUCAUAGCUGCGCAUCAUAUAAGUUUCCAAUACAAGAUUGAAGUAGAAAGUAAUUGGGGUAUUAGGAGAAGAAAAAAGGGUAAUAGAAAGAAAGAUAAUUAUAGGGAAAUGUAUACAUUUUAGAGGAAUACUAAAAUUGUGCAAACAGGACUGAGUUUGUAAAGGUUGAGUCUACGGAAGCGUGUAAUAUUCAUGGAUAAAAUGGCGUGUAAUAAAGCACAUCCUGUUGUGAGAAAAGCAAAGAAGAAGCAGGUGAAGGACGAAAUGGAUCGCAUCAAACAGGCUGAGAAGAAAAAGAGGCGACUGGAGAAAGCUCUUGCUACAUCUGCGGCUAUUCGAUCAGAACUGGAAAAGAAGAAACAAAGAAUGAAAGAAGAACAACAGAGGCUUGAUGAAGAGGGUGCUGCAAUUGCUGAGGCUGUUGCCCUUCAUGUCCUUUGUGAGGAUUCCGAUGAUUCAUGUAAGGUUGUGCUGAACAAAGAGGAUGGAUUCAGUUCUUGGGAUUGCACCCACAAUGUUGACAUUUUCAUGGGUGGAGGGAUGGCAUCUGUUCCUCAUCAAUACCAAGCAAAGUGUGCUGGCUGCAAGUGGGAUGACUAUAGAAAUGGUGACUGGUCAUUUACAUGUGGUCCUUUCGAAAGAAAUCUAAGUAUGCCAUAUCUUGAGGAUGAAGGUUGGGGAGCUCCAGAAUUCUCUGCUGGGCUUAUUGCAGCACAAGCUGUUUCAUCACUACAAAUUGCAGAGGAUGCACAAGUAGACGCCAUUGUUUUCAAUGGAAUGCUCAAGAGGGACGACUCGUGGUUUUAAGUCUAAAAUAAUGGUUUGUGCAUAUGUAUUAUUACAAAUGAGUCUCUCCAUAAAUUGCAAUGCGACUUCCUCCUUCAGUCUGAAAACGCUACCUGCAGUAGCAUGCCCAUAUCGGUUUGUUUUUCGUUUUUUCAUUUUCUUGAAGUUGCUUGGGUCUUAUAUGGUUGAUUUUCGCAGUCUCAAACGAUCAGUAGAUUUGUGUUCUUGUUAACUCUAUUGACUAACAAAAAUCUACUGAGUUACUGCAUCUGAUAUUAAUAUGUUAUGUCAACUAAAUUAGUUACUUUUUUGGCUA